AAGUCAACGCCGACCACCAGAGCAACGCUAAGGAUCCCUCUCCACUCACUGAAGUCGUCUAGGGCAGAGAUUGCAUCACAAGCAUCAUCAUCGCCAGACGACGCGCCGAAUUGACGUUCGUGCACGAUGCCACUCAUCCGCCCCUCGCAGGCGCGGGCCCUCCGCUGCAUACGCAAACCAAUUCAGCGAAGCAAUUUAAGCAUGACAGCGCGGCGAGCAGGAGGUGACUCGCACGGUAGCCACUACGAUCCGCCAUCUGGGUGGCUGUGGGGAAUUCCCCCGGGACAGAAGUACGAAAAGGAGGGCUGGGAGAACAUCUUCUAUUACAUGUUCUGCGGCGGAUGCGUUGCCGCGGCGGUGGGUUAUGCUUUCAAGCCUGACACCAGCAUUCAGACCUGGGCGCUCGAGGAGGCCCGGAGAAGGUUGGAGGCAGAGGGUAUUUUGGAAGACCCGGAGAGCAAGUAGAAAUGUGCCUAUUUGGGGAGGCGAGUGACAUGUUUAAAUCAUGGGUCAGACUUUCACGCUAACAGGAGCAGAAGUAUGGGUGGACAAACUCGUCUCUGGGAUUACCUUUAUUCGCCACCAAUGCGCACAGUGUACAUAACUUGUUUGUCGUGCGCCCGUCGUUGGUCUACAGAAGCAAGAAGACAUAGAGCAUAAGUAUGCUAUGGUCGAGAUUAUGACUGUCUUUGUGUCCAUUGCCGUUCAUCCGUUCCUUGUCCUUCACGAUCACAGGCCUUGAUCUCAUGAACUUUGAUACAACAUGUUUGAUCUUUAUAAGUUCGUUCUCGCCUUUUUUUUCUUCAAUCUACGGGUUGAACCGUGUGCUGCCGGUCCUACAAAGGUGUCAAUAUCCUUUUUGGUUUUCAAACCUGAGCAGGAAACGCGACGGAAUUCUUGACCGAACCCGACUGUCACUAGUUUGACAAAAGCGAUCAAGACUUCGAAAUAUGACAAUUGAGUUCUGCUAUGCGUCAGAGAAGGAUGAUGAAUAUAAACGCUUUUUUUGACUUAGAGGCACCACAUUUUCCUUUCACUUGCUGUUAAAAGCGUGGAGAGGAGUUUGUAUUAACUCAAGUGCCUAAGGCAAUUCCAAGUACCCCAUUGACUGUUUAGGGAUUUGAGUGUACAAUGUCCAUGUUAUUUCGUUCGCCAAGUGCAC